CAGGCAGCGUCUUGUGGCACUGACACUUACAGUCGCGAUGCGCGGUAGGAACGGACGGUUGAACGGAACGGACGGACGGACGGACGGACGGACGAAACUGUUUCCACGAUGGAAUCAUAUCGGCACGCGUGCAGAACUUCCCCGCACACGCAACGCGCAGGUGUCGGUGUGCGUUGUUACUCUUACUACACCAGGAUCCCAGCCUCGUGUCGCAGACGCAGAAAGGAGCUCCGAAUCCGACGAAUCGCGGUCCGAUCGCGGUCCGAAUCGCAGUGCGAGGAUCGAUGUCGAAUUACGGGAAAUUCUAAUUUCGGAGUCUCGCGUUGUGAGUGGCUGAGCUGCGCCUUCCCCUUCAGUCCCUCUUGCCAGGAGUACACUCCACGCGUCCCUGUGAAUCCCACUGCCUGCCGCUACCCCCC